UGGUACUGAAUCGGUUUAUGUAGAGAUUGUGCUGUACCAGUAUGUGAAUUUAUUUGAAUUGCUUAUUUUCUUAACAUAGUAGUAGUAGUAGUAUUAACGUUACAUCUUUUCAUGGCUGCCUCUUUUUUCCGUCGGUGCAAUUGAUGUCAGACAGCUAGCCUACUUACGAAGGUGUCUUGGGGGCUUGAUGUGGUCCAAUCCUGUCCUGCCCUGUGCCAAGUGUCAGUAUGGAUGAAGAAACUCUUGAGGCAGCCAUCAUUGCCUAUGGUGCCCAAUUGCAGCAGGUAGAGACAGCUCUGUCAGCUGGCCUGGACCCCUCCCAGCAGUCAGACCUGCUCAAACUGAAAGAGGACCUUUGUCAGCUGAUAGAGCUCACCAAGGACAGCCUGGUGUCUGUCAAAAAGAGUCUUCUUCUGGCCAGCCUCGAGGACAGUAAUGAACUGCAGGUAAACACCUCAGAGGCAGCAGCUGAUAUAAACAGUGCAAACGGCAGUUUGGGCGAUGAGUUUGCUGCUUUCUACUCUGAACUCGGGGAGUCUUCAGGUAGUAGCUCUGAUACUAGAGAGAGGGACAAUGAGGAGGAAGGUGGGGUAGAGGAUGGAGAAGAGGAGGAGGAGGAAGAAGAAGAUGUACUCAGUGGUACCAAAGUAAGAGCACCCUACCGGACAACAUGGGGGACACUGGAGUAUCACAAUGCCAUGGUGGUGGGGGCAGAAUCACCUGACGGAGAAGAGGCACAAGUAAGAGUUCUCUACGUCUACCCCACCCAGAAGUCUAUGAAACCCUGUCCAUUCUACCUAGAGGACAAAUGUCGCUUCCAGGAUAAUUGCAGGUUUUCCCACGGUGAAGUGGUGUACGUGUCGGAGCUCAGAGAGUUCCUUGAAUGUGACCUCAGUAAUCUUGAAGAAGGCUCGUCCUGCUUGGUUCGACAUGAGGACGGCAUCUGGUACCCAGCUAAAAUCAAAGAAAUUGACAGUGGUUUCUACACUGUGAAGUUUGACUCACCGCUGCUGAAAGAUGUUGUGGUCGAGGCCGAUUGUGUUAUCCCGCCUUUGAGAGAAGACGAUCCGCUCUCCUCUGACUCCGACCUGGAUGACACUGAAGAAGGAGAUGAUGUGGCUUAUGCAAAAGUUAUGGACUCUGCUGUAGAAUCCACAGUAACGUUAGAAAAUUUUGGUGGCUGGGAGGCACAUACCAGAGGCAUCGGAUCCAAGCUUAUGCUUAAAAUGGGCUAUGAAUAUGGGAAAGGCUUAGGAAAGAUGCAGGAGGGCCGAGUAGAGCCAGUCAUAGCAAUGGUCCUACCCAAAGGUAAGUCUCUGGACCAGUGUGCCAAGUUCACCCAGAGACGCACCCAGAGCAAGGCCGCUAAAGAUGGCACACAAACGGGCCGGCCAAAGAGACGCAGAAAGCCUCGGGUCGCCACUGAAGGGCGCCAUACCGUCUUUGACUUUCUCAACCACAAGCUAGGAGGCAAGAGCGCUGAUCCUGCUGAGGGGGGUGCUGCUGCGCCAUCAGCAGGGACUGGGGUGGAGGCUUACAGGGGAGGAAAAAGCACCAAGAGGAGUCUGAAUGUGAAGCUGUUUCAAGCUGCUGAGAGGGUGUCCCAGACUGAAAGGGGGAUCCAGAAAUUGACUGAGUCACUCAACAGACAAACAGGAAGGGACACAUCCAGAGUGAAGCAGCUGGAAGAGAAGCUGUCAGCGGCCCGCCGGCUGCUGGCCCAGCAGAAAGCCCAGGAGCUGUCCAUCCAGAGAGAGCACAAGAAGGCUGACACGCACAAGAAGAUGACUGAGUUCUAAGCUCAGUUCUCUCAAAGACUUGGAGGAUAAAGGGAAGCACUGCUUGCCAGAAAUGAACUUUUGUCCCUUCCUGCUGUCAGUUAUUUGCUACACUGUUUUUGUUCAGACAUUUUUAGCAUUAUUUCUCACCGGCAUCAUGGAUUUGAGCUGGCGGUGGUGCCCACUUUCGGCAGAAUGCAGAAUCAUUUGCUGAAGAUCAUUUCUGCUUCUCAUUUUAUUUUCAAGGACUGAGCAGUUUACUUUGUGUGAACAGUUGUUUGGUUUCAAAUUGUGCAUUUCACAAUAAUGUCACAAACAAAAUUUUAUUUGUAAUGAACAUUUUUCUCUCAGUGUAUUUGUCUUUAUCAGCACUAAAAACCCUGUGUUUGGAGAACCUACUGUGCAUUUUCCUCUCUUUUUAGCCAUACACCUUUACAUAACUAAACUUCAGUGUAAAGAAAUGUUUCUCUACCACAAAAUUAUUAAUGUGUUCUUUGUUAUACUUUUCUGGCAGAGGUUUCAGUAAUUCUGGCCAGAGGCUGCUCAGAUGGUUAUUACAGUAUACCUUGACUUGGAUUUCUGACUGAUUUUUAAAAUUACAUCCUCAGGAGUUGGGGGACCUUUACAGAGUUUUGAAGUGAAACCUCUCCAUUUGCCCACGCCUCUUACCGGCUCAUACACAGCGUCUUUGAAGCUACGACCGUAACCUCUCUAGUAAAUAAUGAAUUUGGAGAGCAGCUCCAGUCUGCUCGUAAGAUCGGACGCACAUUGUCUGUAGGUGGUGGGUGGGUUGGCUAGUGACUGCAUCUACCUUUCAGACUCUCAAGUAAAGGUUGAAGUCGUGAUGUUAGGUAGCUGUAGAUGAGGUCUUAAUCCUUUUAUGCUUUCCGUUUUAUGAGCUUUUUCUAAUCUGAAUGUGAUGCAGCAUAAUAACAGGGCAAAAUAAAAAAUACAGAACUACUAUA